AUGAAUAGUAAUUUUGACAGACGAUUAGGCCACCUUAAAUAUAGACUUAUUCAUGGCCACAGAUAUCGACGGUUGGAUUCGCGAAUAAAUAUCAACAAACGAAAGCUGCUGCUUAUAUCGGCGCUAGCAACUAUCGUAAUAGUAGCAGUCGUUCUAGGACUGUAUUAUGGACUUAAAGGUGGCAGCGAUGGACUGCACGAGGAAGCGAGGAUACUUACCGGGGGAGCUGUCACUUCCAAUGGUGCUGAAUGUGCAGCGAUAGGGGCCGAUAUUCUUCGGCAGAAUGGUUCCGCGGCAGAUGCGGCGAUAGCGGUGCUGCUUUGCGACGGCGUUACUUGUCCUCAGAGCGCUGGGAUUGGAGGGGGCUUUCUGCUUACCAUCUACGAUCGUGCUUCGAGAUCUGUUCGGACGCUGGAUGCCCGCGAAACUGCUCCCGCUAAGGCUACGCAGAACAUGUACGUUGAUAACCAACAUGCGGCCGUCGAAGGAGGUUUGGCCGUUGCGGUUCCGGGAGAGAUCAAGGGCUACUGGGAACUGCAUCAGAAGUACGGUAAAUUGGAUUGGAAAACGCUGUUACAACCAACGAUUGAUCUUUGUCGCGAUGGUCAUCUCGUCACGGGAUAUUUGGAACGUAUUAUCCGACCACGUCAGGAGAAAAUAUACAGUAUUCCCUCGCUACGCGAGGUCUUCAUAAACCCGGUAACGAAUCAAACCUGGAAAGAGGGCGAUCGCAUCAAGAGAUUAGUACUAGCGGAGAGUUUGGAAGUAAUUGCUAAUGAAGGCGCAGAUGCUCUGUACAGUCCUAGUGGUACACUUCUUCCGAAGUUAAUGCGAGAUCUUAGAGAAUUUGAAAGUAUUAUUACGGAGCAAGAUUUCUACAAUUAUAAACCUCGUUGGCUACCGGCGGUGCACACCGAGCUGAAAGAUGGCUCGAACGUGUAUUUGAUGCCAUUACCGGGCAGUGGUAACGUGCUGAGUUAUAUGCUUAACAUUCUAGACGGCUAUGAUGAUUUGACGUUCAACGAUUCUCUCACGUGGCACAAAAUCGUUGAGAGCAUGAAACAUGGAUAUGGUCUGCGUACGCAGCUCGGCGAUCCAUCUUUCGUCCCAGGGAUAGAAAGAACCCUUCGAAAGCUGUCGAAUAAGAAUUACGCUGCAUUUAUUCGUGACAGUAUUCUAGAUAAUCAAACAUUUUCCGCCUUCGAAGAUUACGGCGCUAUAUUUUCUAGCGAAGAAGACCAUGGAACGGCACACGUAUCCGUUCUGGCACCCAAUGGAGACGCGGUGUCCGCCACGAGUACCAUUAAUUAUGUAAACCCACAUCGUCGGAAAACCGCGGCAGUCGCUGUCAUCGUUGCCGUCCUGAUCGUUUUACUGCUCUGUGGUCUAUACUAUGGAAUCCGAACUGGAAACUCUCAACAGCUCGGUAGCUCGGUACGUCACGAGGGAGCCGUGGUGGCAAAUGGUCAUGAGUGUGCGGCGAUCGGAGCGAGUAUCUUACGCAUGAAUGGAUCGGCAGCCGAUGCCGCCAUAGCCACACUGUUCUGCGAGGGAAUCACUUGCCCACAAAGCAUGGGCAUCGGCGGAGGCUUCCUGUUGACAAUUUAUGACCGCGCGAAUGAUCGCGUAGAAACGCUGAAUGCUAGAGAGACCGCUCCGGCUGCGGCAACCGUCGAUAUGUUUGUUGGGAAAGAUAACUCUACCGGGGAUAAGAGAGGCCUGUUGAUAGCGGUUCCAGGUGAGCUGAAGGGAUACUGGGAGCUGCAUCAACGUUACGGGAAGCUUGAGUGGAAAACAUUGGUAUUGCCAACAAUAGAGCUGUGUCGCAAAGGUCACAUGGUGACCGGUUAUCUGGCACGAAUAUUACGAAAUACACAGAAACAGAUACUUGCCGAACCAUCGCUUAGAGAAGUAUUUAUAAACCCCGUAAACAAUGAAACAUGGAAAGAGGGAGAAUAUAUCAAAAGGUUAGCUCUAGCCAACAGUUUAGAUAUUAUCGCCAAUGAAGGAGUCCACGCUCUGUACAGCAAAAAUGGAACGCUGUUACCGAAGCUCAUGAAAGAUCUGCAACACUUUAACAGUAUUUUAACGGAAGAAGAUUUUUACAAUUACGAACCGAAAUGGGGGCCAGCUUCGACUUUGUCAAUCCGGAAGGAGUUUCAAGUUCAUUCCUUUCCGUUGCCGGGUAGUGGCACUUUACUUAAUUUCAUGCUCAACAUCCUCGAUGGGUAUAACAAUUUGAGCUUGACCGAUUCACUAACAUGGCACAGAGUGAUCGAGAGCUUCAAAUACGGUUACGGUCUUCGAACGAGGGUCGGAGAUCCACGAUUUGUCACUCAGGUUCAUGGCUUGCUACAAAAUAUGACAAGUGAUGAUUAUGUGGAUGUGGUUCGAAACAAAAUUGAUGAUAAUCGAACCUUCUCCGAAUAUGCUCAUUAUGGAGCGGAGUUUGCAACUGUUGAAGACCAAGGAACGGCGCACGUAUGCGUUUUGGCCAGCAACGGUGAUGCAGUUUCAGCGACCAGCACUAUUAAUUAUUUACUUGGGGCAAAAAUACGAUCGCAAUCCACCGGUAUCAUCCUCAACGACGAAAUGGAUGACUUUUCGUCCCCAGAUAGCGCCAAUACAUACGGUCUCCCACCAUCACCGGCAAACUUCAUUGCCCCUGGCAAAAAUCCUCUGUCAUCAAUGGUUCCUACUAUAGUAACCCACAAAGAGAACGGCGUUCGGAUGAUCUUGGGUGGAGCAGGUGGAUCACGCAUAACAACGGCCACUGCCAUCUUGCUGUUGAGGCAUUUCUUCUUCGGGGAAAAUCUUACCGAUGCGAUGAAUGCAAAACGACUCCACCAUCAGCUAGCUCCAAUGUCGGUGGAAUACGAGACUGGUUUCGAUGAAAGUAUUCUGGAAGGACUACGGCAACGGGGUCACGUAGUCAAAGAGAAAGCAUCUGAUGCUGGAUUUGCCGCUGAAACGGCUAUUACGAAAGAUGCGCACGACGGAGUGGUGGCUGCCUUUGAUUUGCGAAGAGGAGGCAGCACUGAAAUUGUUACCUGACAAGCCUCGUGAUGAAGAAUGUUAUCACUUUAAUUACGUUACAUUAGUUUUAUGUAAGAUAGUGCGAAAUUACACAAA